ACUGACGGCCAAUCCUUGUGCCUCCAUUCAGAAGAACCGCUAUACAAUCCUCUCCCCCUCCCUAAUCACCUAUCAUCUAGCAUUACAGGUGACUCAACUUUUCUUGACACGAGUGGAAGUAUCUGCUACAUGUAAAAAUUAGAGUGUGGCUCUUUCGAAGUGGUGUAGGUAAACGGAUUUGAAGACCGAACCAUCAAAAACCACUGACUAGAUAAUAACGUCCGUGGGGAAAAUACUUAUUAGCUCAUUAAACAGGCCUAGGUUGGGCUCUGGUAUUGUGAAGAUGAUGACCCCUACUCCACGUGAAAUUCAAGGGCGAGUCUUUCAGUUCAGCCUCUUACCUCUACGAAGAGGAUGUGAAAGAGGUGAAGACAACUCUAAGGCACAAAUGCAACAGAGUGUGGCAGAAAUGGGCAACACUCCUUGCACAGUUUUCACUUACAGGGAGGACCCUUGUCCCAAGGUCCCUCAAACGAGGGUCUUCCCAAGCAUUGCCCCCAAGCCUCCUGGUAUCUCAGUACAUGCCAUGGCACCCAGUCCAGAUACUGCAAACUUCAUUCCGAAGACCCCCCCUGUGCCCAAAAUAAGACUGCCAAGGAAGUACCGCAUGAGAGACGAGCAUGGCGACAUUGUGGCUGAGAAAAGUGCAUCAAAGAAGCGCAAACUCAAGCUAUGCCUAUCAGAGCUCAACAAAUCAUCUCUGAAACCAGAGCUGAGAGACCUCUGUUUGGACAUUUCAGGUUUUAGACUGGGAUCAGUGCAUUUGACUGGCAAGAGGACAGUUUCUUUCACUUUGGAGAAGAUUGAAAUCGAGCAGUGUGUGUCUGUGCAGUCGUCAGAGUUGACCAGCUGUGAGUUGUGCCUUGAUGGGAAACGGCCAGUCAUGUUUCUUCAGACCACCGCUGUUGGCAGCUUACGGCUCAAAGUGAAGCUCAACGUGGCCCUCCAGGAAAUGGCAGAGGAGCCUGACUGUGACAGAGGAUGCAGCCAUCUAGAGAAGUACAUUGUGCUGAUGCUUGAGAAGUUGCCAUCAGCAGCAGAGCUGACAGCCCUCAAGAGCAUCCUGUCCGGCAUUGGCAAAGCGAAUGGACUGAAGGGGUUUCCCUGCAAAAUCUCUCUGGAAGAAGUAAACCACAGAUUAAUGAGACAAGACAAGAUUGUUCAGAGUCCUGUUGUGUCACACAGUCAGAAAUUGACCUUGAUCCUGGACACAGAUGAGGAGGACUUGCAAGAUGCCACAAGUGAUGACACGACGGCACUUUCAACAGCUACUCCUGACGCUGUGAAAAGGUUGUUGGUUUACCCUCCUCCGCCGUCUAAAGGGGGCAUAUCUGUUACAAACGAGGACCUCCGAUGCCUUAAGGAAGGAGAGUUUCUGAACGAUGUCAUCAUAGACUUCUACCUGAAGUAUUUGAUGAUGGAAAAGGUGAAGGGAAAAGAGGCUGAGCGCACCUACAUAUUCAGCUCCUUCUUUUUCAAGCAUCUCACUCAUGGGAGGAGACAGAGGAUGGAUGGGUCAAGCGAAAAGCCUCUGAAGACAAGAAGGCAUGAUCGAGUGAAGACAUGGACCAGACAUGUUGACCUCUUUGCAAAGGACUUUAUAUUUAUGCCCAUCAAUCAGUCGGCCCACUGGUUCCUGGCCAUUGUGUGCAACCCUGGGCGCUGGUGUCCCAAUGGCUCCCGCCAGUCUCGCCCACCACCAGCCACCCCGAUUCGCCUCAGGCCAGAGGAACAGGCUGCCCAGUCGGACUGGCUGGAGACCAGUUUCUCCUGGAGCAUUGGCAAAGACGUCUCCUGCGCCGCCAACCCCUUAUCGCUCUUCUACAAGCCCACACACUCUGUCACGGCAGGACCAACUGAGGGAAGCACAUUGCUAGGAGAUGGCCUUUCCUCUGACGAUCAGGAAGACAUGGAUGUGGAUUUGUGUGAACUGGUCAAGUACACGAAAAGUGUUCCCAAACGAAACGGCACUGAGCGGCCCUGCAUUCUCAUCAUGGAUUCCCUCGGCCACGACCGGUCAUCUGUGGUCACCAUCCUGAAAGAAUAUUUGGAGGAGGAGUGGAGGGUGAGGAAGGGGGAGCAGCAGUGCAGUUUUGAGAUCAAGUCCUUCAGUCCUCUGGUGCCCCAGCAGAACAACUUCAGUGACUGUGGCCUUUACCUGCUGCAAUAUGUGGAGAGCUUCCUUGAGAGUCCUCUUCAGGGUCUCGAUGCACACAUGGACCUGAGUGGUUGGUUUCCUCAGAGGUGUGUAGCGAUGAAAAGACAACAAAUCAGAAAGCUGAUUCUCAAACUUCAACUACAACAACAAAUGGCUGGAAAAGCUGGACACGGUUAAUCUAUAAGCAGAAGAUGCUUUUUUUUGUUGUUUCUUGCAAAUUGUUUGUUUCUUGCAAAUUUUUAUUUGCAGAGUUCUUACUGCUUCUGUACAUUCUGUAAUAAAAUUCAAUGUAAGUUAAUUAAAAAAUAACAACAGAAUAAAAAUAUUCUCUUUUGGUUUGUCAGGUACCUAUCCUA